UCCCCGACUCUACAGUACGCACAUACCUAUAUAUAUGUGUAUGUUAUGAGGAGACCUGAAUUAAUGUCCAUACAGCAAGUGCUGAUCAUUGCACUUAAUUGAGAAAGGAAGGUUCCAUUGUUAGAGAAUAUAUCAAACGACAUGGGCUCCUCGUCCAUAAUCCCAAUCCGCCUGCCCCUCUUAAGGCUCGUAAGGGUCGGCAGCUUCUUCUCCUCUUUCCUCAUCUCCCUGUGGCCGAUGCUGCUUCUCCCCCAGCUGGCACGCACAGCAUCAGCAGCACCAGCACCAGCACCAGCCCCAGCAGGAGAUGAUGGAUAUCAGUACCACUACAACUACGGGGAUGCACUGGACAAGAGCUUGAUGUUCUUCGAGGCCCAGAGGUCUGGUAAGCUCUCUGUGGAUCAGCGCAUCAAGUGGCGCAGCGACUCCGGCCUCAGAGACGGCUUCCUCCAAGGGGUGGACCUGUUGGGAGGAUACUACGAUGCGGGAGACCAUGUGAAGUUUGGGUUACCCAUGGCCUACAGCACCACCAUGCUCGCUUGGGGAGCCGUGGAGUUCCGCAAGGAGAUCACCCAUCUCAACCAGAUGGGCCACACGCUCAGGGCCAUUAAGUGGGCCACUGACUACUUCAUCAAGUCCCACCCACAGCCCGACAUCCUCUGGGCCCAGGUUGGGGAUGGGAGUUCUGAUCAUUACUGCUGGGAGCGAGCAGAGGACAUGAGCACGCCAAGGGAUGCUUACAAGCUCGACCACGAGCACCCUGGCUCAGAUCUUGCUGGUGAAACUGCUGCCGCCUUGGCUGCUGCAUCCUUGGCUUUCAAGCCUUACAACUCCUCUUACUCCGCUCUCCUUCUAGUUCAUGCUAAGCAGCUUUUCGCAUUUGCGGAUAGAUUUAGAGGUCAAUAUGACGACUCCAUACAGAAUGCACAACAAUUCUACCCUUCCUCCGGUUACUCUGUAAGUAAGCCGCAGACUACACCGUGUGGUCUUGCUCUUGCUCUAGUAAUAGUUCUUCUUAUAUCUUAUAAAUGGAAGCCAAUAAAUGACACAAAGAGAAUAUUUGUAUAUUCUGGUUGGAAGGACGAGUUGCUAUGGGCGGCCGUGUGGUUGUAUAGAGCAACAGGGGAUGAGUACUACUUGAAGUAUGUGGUGGACAAUGGGGCCGCCAUGGGCGGCACUACUUGGGGAGUCAAAGAGUUCUCAUGGGACACCAAAUAUGCUGGUGUUCAGAUCCUCCUCUCCAAGGUGCUCAUGGACAAUUCCUACAGCCCUUACACUUCUAUACUAAAGCAGUAUCAAGCGAAGGCACAAUAUUUUGCCUGUGCAUGCCUGCAGAAGAAUGGCGGUUACAAUGUUGAUAGAACUCCUGGAGGACUGCUCUACUUCCACGAGUGGAACAACCUGCAGUAUGUCUCCGCAGCAGCAUUCCUUCUCACCGCUUAUUCUGCUUAUCUAUCCGCUGCAAAUGCCAAUAUUGCCUGCCCAGACGCCCAACUUCAGCCUCAGGACCUCCUCAACUUCGCCAAGUCUCAGGCUGAUUAUGUUCUCGGCAAGAACCCCAAGUCGAUGAGCUAUCUGGUGGGAUACGGGACAAACUAUCCAACUCACAUUCACCACAGAGGAGCUUCAAUUCCCUCCAUCUCUCUUCUACGGUCCGCCGUAGGAUGUGUGAGAGGUUUCGACGCAUGGUACAGUCGCCCCCAAGGGAAUCCCAAUGUAAUUUAUGGAGCGCUCGUGGGAGGUCCCAACAAGAAUGAUGGCUUUGAUGACAAUAGAUCCAGCUAUGAACAAACGGAGCCCACGCUCAGCGGCUGUGCACCCCUUAUCGGCCUUUUCUCCAAGCUGCAAAGUGUAUAUGGAACUCCAGCUGUGUUAACAGGCUCCUACCACAACCAGCGACCAGCGCCAGCGGGGCACUCCAAGUCUGCCGAACAAGAAGCUCCCGUGGAAUUCUUCCAUUCCAUAACAAACACAUGGGCAGACGGCAGAGGAAUGGCUUAUUACCGGCACCGGGUGAUAAUCAAGAACACAUCCCAGAAGGCAUCAAUCAGGGAUCUCAAGCUCCUAAUCCAGAAUCUGUCAGGGUCCCUGUGGGGACUGAGCUCAACCAGGGACGGGGAGAGGAAUACGUAUGAGCUUCCGCAGGGGCAGAAGGUCCUCAAACCUGGGGGAGAGUAUUCCUUCGUUUAUAUUCAAGGGGGCCCCCAAGCUAAGAUUACAGUUGUAAGCUAUCACUGAGCUUAAUUAUAAGCCAAGCACAGGGGUAUUGAUCUAAAGCUUUUUUGCUUUUGGGAAUCCAUUCCAAGAAAAGAAAGUAGCUUUAGAUGGAUGGAUUCAUUUCAUUGAUCUGAGCAAAGAAGACUUGCAUGUAAUUUUCCUUUUUCUUUUUUUUUUUCCUUCCCCCGCUAAUUAAUCGUUGAGUUAAAUCAAGUUAAUAGGUGGGGGCAUUGUAACGAGAUUAUACGUAUUUGUGAGGAAGUAACCAAUGAAAUGAAACUAUGAUUCCAUAACC